AUGCUUAUUUCCAAAGAGAAUAGAAAGGCCAUCUACUCGGCUCUCUUCAAAGAUGGUGCCCUUUGUGCUCCCAAGGACUACAAUGCUCCCAAGCAUCCCGAAAUUGAUGUCCCUAAUCUCGAAGUCAUCAAGGCUAUGCAAUCUUUGACCUCCAAGGGUUUGGUCAAGACUCAAUUCUCUUGGCAAUGGUACUACUAUACCCUUACUGAUGAGGGUAUUGACUACCUCCGUGAAUAUCUUCACUUGCCUCAAGAAAUUGUUCCUGCCACUAUGAAGAAGACUGCCCGUCCUGCUUCUUCUGCUCCUCGUCGUCCUUUCGGCGGUGACCGUGAAGGCCGUGCUCCUCGUGGCGAUCGUGAUAACUACAGACGUAAGGAAGGAGCUUCUGGCGAUUUCAAGCCUGAGUUCCGUGGUGGCAUGGGCCGUGCUCAACGCGAAUAA